AUGGCCUCAAGCGACGAAUACGAUUUCUUAUUUAAGGUGGUCUUGAUUGGUGACUCCGGCGUCGGAAAGUCCAAUCUGUUGAGCAGAUUCACUCGCAAUGAGUUCAACUUGGACUCAAAGUCCACUAUUGGCGUUGAAUUCGCGACCCGGUCCAUAUCAGUCGACAGCAAGACGAUCAAGGCACAGAUCUGGGACACAGCAGGUCAAGAGCGCUACCGAGCCAUCACAUCCGCGUACUACAGAGGUGCGGUUGGCGCACUGCUCGUCUACGAUAUCAGCAAGCACCAGACCUACGACAAUGUAACGAGAUGGCUCAAGGAACUCCGAGACCACGCAGAUGCCAAUAUCGUCAUCAUGCUGGUCGGUAACAAGAGCGAUCUGCGGCAUCUGCGAGCGGUUCCUACCGAGGAGGCCAAACAGUUUGCCAGUGAAAACAACCUGUCCUUUAUCGAGACGUCAGCGCUCGAUGCCUCAAAUGUCGAACUCGCCUUCCAGAAUAUCCUCACCGAAAUCUACCGCAUCGUCUCGAGCAAAGCCCUCGACUCCGGCGAGCAAGGCCAGGGCGCACCGGGAAGUGGCGUCAAGAUCGAUAUGACACCAUCGGGAACCACUGAUAAUAAGAGCAGCAAGUGCUGCUGA